AUGUGGAUUGGAUUGGAGUCAAAAGAUUAUCUCCAGGAGGGUGAUCUGAGAGUAGCGACCUUCAACUGUUCUCUGUUCACCAUCAUGGACAACAAUACAGGAGAGUUGACCGGCAUAGAGGCAGAGAUAGUGAAGGAGGUCGCGGCUCGGCUGAACCUCACCAUUCGACUGGUGGAACUGGACACGAGUCACACCAAUAAUUUCGGGCUGAAGCUGCAGAACGGCACCUGGACCGGCGGAGUGAUGGGAGCUCUGUACAACAGAGAGGCCGACGUGGGCUUCUGCGCCCUCUGGACCUCUGUGGACAGGGACGAAGAUGUGGAACACACGACUCCGUGGGGGACGGUGGACAUCUCGUUUCUCGUUCCUCGCCCACACCAGAAGCGGGAGAAUUGGCAAACGUUCUAUGUGGCCUUCACCUUGCCGACGUGGCUCGGCAUACUGUCAGGUCUUGUGGUAGUCUCGGUGUCACACUGGUCAUCCCUUGCAGUCUCCUCCUGGAUUUCCGUUGAAGGAACAAAGACAGAACUGACUGUUAUCCUGCUGGGUAUGUUCGGGGUGUUGACGCAGAGUUCCUCCAUCCCCCUAAAAGGUCGCAGCCUCUUGGUGACUUCCUGGCAUAUCUUCUGUAUGAUCUUGGUCGCAGCCUACUCCAGCAACAUCGUGGCCAGGCUGACUCUCCCGAUGUUCACGGAGAGGAUAGACUCCGUCCAGCAACUAGUGACGAAAGGGUUCACCUGGGGUCGGCCUUUCAAGAGUAACUACUCAAUGCUUAUGAAUCCGCAGGAUGUCUGGCACCGACGGUUCAUGGAUUUCUUCAGACUAGUGAAGCGCGAGGACAUGCACAAGUUGAUCUCGUCGAAGAAGUUCGCGUUCUCUGCCCAAGUGUUGGAGCGCCAUUACGUGUUCGACAGCGAUUUCUACAAACUGCAGGAUAACGAGUUAGUAGAUCUGAGAGUGAUGGCUCAGGUGACAAACCACUUCCUCGUGGCCAUCGCUGUCCGCCGCGGCUCCCCCGUGUUCCCUCCGGCGAACCUGCAGAUCCUGCGUCUCCUGGGCACUGGACUGGUGGACCAUUGGAAGCGGGACAUCAGUGACCGCCACGGUCGCCGGUUGGUGCGAGAACUACUCCUGGAGAAGGAUAAGCCAACCCUAAUCAAAUAUGUGAGCAGCCGCACACAGGAGGAGCCCCCCCCCUCCAGUGGUAGGGAGUGUGAUAAGUAUUUCCUCGUCUCUGUUUUAUCAGUUGUUAGGAUCGUAUCUCGCUCGCGCUACGUACCUAUUCUAUAG